CUGUCCCGGCGCGGGCACCGGCCACAGGGUCCGCGGCUCUCCAUCCAGGACCAUGGCGAGGCUGAGCUGGGGAUACGGCGAGCACAAUGGCCCUAUUCACUGGAAUGAAUUUUUCCCCAUUGCUGAUGGUGAUCAGCAGUCUCCGAUUGAGAUUAAAACCAAAGAAGUGAAAUAUGACUCCUCACUCCGACCUCUCAGUAUCAAGUAUGAUCCUACCUCAGCUAAAAUCAUCAGCAACAGUGGCCAUUCCUUCAGCGUUGACUUUGACGACACAGAGGACAAAUCAGUUCUUCGUGGAGGUCCUCUUUCUGGAAGCUACAGGUUGCGGCAGUUCCACCUGCACUGGGGGUCAGCAGAUGACCACGGCUCUGAGCAUGUGGUAGAUGGAGUGAGAUAUGCUGCAGAGCUCCAUGUUGUCCACUGGAAUUCAGACAAAUACCCCAGCUUUGUAGAGGCAGCUCAUGAGUCGGAUGGGCUGGCUGUCCUGGGAGUAUUUCUGCAGAUUGGGGAACACAAUCCCCAACUGCAAAAGAUCACUGACAUUUUGGAUUUCAUUAAGGAAAAGGGGAAACAAACCCGAUUCACAAACUUUGACCCAUUGUCUCUGCUUCCACCCUCCUGGGACUAUUGGACGUAUCCUGGUUCUCUGACAGUUCCACCUCUCCUUGAAAGUGUCACAUGGAUUGUUUUAAAACAGCCUAUAAAUAUCAGCUCUCAACAGCUGGCCAGAUUCCGUAGCCUCUUGUGUACAGCCGAGGGCGAGACGGCAGCUUUUCUGUUAAGCAAUCAUCGCCCACCACAGCCCUUGAAGGGCCGCAGAGUGAGAGCAUCUUUCUAUUAACAGCCACCAGCCGGUCAGUCCAACCAGGAGCAGGAAGGCGGCAAACGAAACCGAACUCAGACAGUCCUACUCGCAGCUUUUCUAGAAUUUCAGGUUUAUGAAUCCCACUUUCCCAGCAGCUUUGGCACCACAGAGAAAACCAGAGAUCUGGACUAACUAACUCAGCUCAUCACUCCUCUAUUUGCACCAACACGUGUCCAAUUGGUAAACAUGGUUGGGUGUAUAUUAGUACCACAAAGUACACCUGCCUCACCCUUCAUGACCAUAUAUGGUCAGCCUUACAAACCUCACACCGUACUAAAAGAUUGUUGUGACCUUUGGCUGAUCUUACCACAUUUUAAAUAGUGUUUGCUAGAAACUUUAAAUUCACUUUGAAAAUGGUGUAAUUCCUAAACAAGAAGUUCUUAUAGUUUUUGUAUUUUUCUUAUUAAUCAAGAAUAUGUAUUUCCUUUAGUGUACUUUUUUUCUCGAACUCUCAUUGUGAGUACUGUGAUAAAGUGUACUACAUGAGACACACAGGGUUUAAGACAGAAUACUGUGUCUACUUCUCUGACCAAAGUAACCUAGAGUUUCAGUGAGGAAUUCUUCAGGAUAUAAACAGCUAUUUAAGGCAUUUCAUGUCAUAUAUUCACCUAAUAAUGUUAAUGACCACCAGGGUGAUCACUGGCAUAUUGUGUAGCAGUGUUGGCCGGCUCGUGGCAUUAAUGCAGUUCAGACUGUCAGGUUACACAAUACCACUGCAGCAGAACUGCCCUGAGCUGGUGAACAGGUUCCUACAUUUGCCCUGUGUUUUAGCAGAGCAGGGGGCUAUCCUACAUGUGUUGUUUUUUUCUGACACUAGUGAAAAAAAUGAACCGAGUCUCACAUAAAUGCAUAAGCAUCCAAUACAUUUUCCUGGCAAAUCUCAUUACUCAAUUGUACUAAGUCUCUUACAUGAUUUAUUAAGAUGCCAUUUGGUACUAAUUUUAACCUCUGCUGUCUGGAGAGGUUUUUGUUUGCAUUUGAUGGAGGAAGAUGGGUGCCCUGUUCCUUUUGCUUUUCCAUUAUGGAGUGACCCUAUCAUUAACUCAAUAACCGUGCUUGACUUGAAUAUUUGUUACACUUUUGCUAUUUUCUGAGAAAGUGUCCUUGGGUUUCUUAAUUUCAAUGAUUUGUUUCAGAUCUCUCUCAUCUUCUAAAUGUAAAGCAAACUAUUAAAAAUCUUCUUUGUAUUUUUCUUGGUUAACUUCAUUUUGAGAAAAUUGUAUGAUGAAAUCUACUGUCACAUAAGACAAGAGCCUGAAUAUUAGAAUGGACACUUCAGCCAUUGUUUUGCCUUCUCAGUGUCCAACUUAAGGCCUUGAGGAAGAUCCAUAUACCAUAAAUAUUUAAUGAGUUGGAUAGGUAAGGAUUUAUUUGAUAAUUUUGGUAACCGUCAUUCUCUCUGAGAUCAAUGCAGUCAAAUUAAUUUAACAAUUAAAAUAGAAUAUCUCUUGAAAGUUUUUUCAGAAAUAGUAUUUAUUAAUCCACUUUUUAUGACCAGAGGUUCUAAUGAUUUUAAAUGUAUCAGUGUUAGGUGGGAAGGUAUUUCUUUAGUUUGGAAACACAUGCAGGGAAGCAUUCUAGUCAGAGAGGAGUCUGUUCUAUCAAAGUUUGGAAUGUGUGAAGGUGGAGAUGCUAAUGACAUCCAAGUGUUACACAGUUGGUAACUCGUGUUUUCCCUGCAGCGUGGCAUCUGUGCUGUGAUGUACAUCUCACCACAGUGGGGUAAAACUAUCCAACUAGCACUGGUUUUCCUGGAGAUCAUCUGCUUAUGCAUAUCUUUCGGAGGGAGAUGGUCAGUCGGUGCUUUAAAUUUGUCAUAGUAGUCUCUUUCAAUAAAACUGUAAGUUACUUGUGUGGAUCUCUUACUUCCCACAUCAUCUAUUGAUUUCUGCUUAUUAAGCAUUUUGUAUUAUAAUUUAAUUUGAUUCAACUUUAAAAAAGAAAAUGAGAAAAAUACUUGUCAGUAGCAAGGCUUUGUAAUGCAACGAAUGGAAUUAAGUUAUGUAUUUUAAACUGAAAGGAAAUAAUCUCAAAUUUAUAAAAGUAUUUCAAAUAUAAUGCAAUGCAAAACAAAACCAUUUCCCAUGAAUUAUUUUAAAGUAAGAUGCCAUCCCAACUCCUUACAGUUUGAGUGCAUGCGCACCGUUAACCUCAUGCUUUGCAACAUGA